AUGGCGGCGACCUUGAGUGAAGGCGUCGAGGGGCUGUUGUAUUCUUCAUCCGAUUUUUCUUUGGUUUGGCUGGCUCUCAGUGCAGUGGCGUGGGUGUAUGUCCACCAGAGGCUCUCCCUGUCCGUCCCCUUUUACUUCCUCCCAGCGGCGGCUUGGAAGGAGCACAGCCGAAAGGUGCGUCUCUAUCGACAAGGUCCUCAUGAAAAAGCCAAGACGGAGGCUUUGCCAGGAGCCAAGUCUGCUGGCGUCUCGACUCACGCCGAGGGGGCUCUUGUGGGGACCUCAAGCGCGGAAGACUCCCCCCAAGAGCUCAGGAAGUACUAUGUAACAGCCCGCGCCAACGCAACAGCCUUCGUGCAUGCGACACUCAUAUGCCCCAUGGCAUUGGCAGUGCUGUGGGUGACUUUUAACAAGGCUUGGGAAGAACUUGGGGGCCCUCCCCUUCCGGACAAGGGGCCCUUGGGAGUACUCAAGUGGGCCCUUUGGGACUGGGGAGAGACAUACGCCUUCUAUAACUUUCACAGCUUUUUGCUGGAUAUUAUUGCCUACGUAAUGGCGGGAUACUUCAUGUGGGACCUGUGGGAAUGUCUAAAAAACAGAGACGUCCACUCGCGCGCCUUCGUGCUGCAUGGCAUUCUUUCUUUGUACGCGAUGGUCUCCUACCUCUUGGCUCCGAAGGGCAGGAUGACGGGUAAGCAAGCCUCUGCGCUCUGA